CCUUUCAGUGAUUUUCAAUUUAAAGAAGACAAAAAAAGACAAAAGGGAGAUUUUUUUUCCGCAAAAUCAUAAACCAUUUUGUCAAUUGAUUUGAUUUUACGGUCUACGACGUCUGGAUUUGAUCAUCUGAAAGUGUGAGAGGCAUGACGGUCGCGGCGGGGAUCGGCUACGCGCUGGUGGCUCUGGGACCGUCUCUUUCUCUCUUCGUCUCCGUCAUCUCCAGAAAGCCCUUUCUCAUCCUCACUGUUCUCUCCAGUACGUUGCUGUGGCUUGUGAGCCUGAUCAUCUUGUCGGGACUGUGGAGGCCUUUCCUUCCUCUCAAAGCCAAUGUCUGGUGGCCUUAUGCUUUGCUUGUUCUCUCCUCUGUUUGUUUCCAGGAAGGUCUUCGCUUUCUUUUCUGGAAGGUUUACAAGAGGCUUGAGGAUGUCUUGGAUUCCUUUGCGGACCGGAUCUCAAGGCCCCGCUUGUUUCUCACUGAUAAGCUGCAGAUUGCUCUAGCUGGUGGUCUAGGUCAUGGUGUGGCUCAUGCUGUCUUCUUUUGUUUGAGCCUCUUAACGCCGGCAUUUGGUCCGGCCACAUUCUAUGUCGAUAGAUGUUCAAAGGUGCCAUUUUUUCUCGUCUCUGCAAUCAUUGCUCUUGCAUUUGUCACGAUCCACACAUUCUCGAUGGUCAUUGCUUUCGAAGGAUAUGCAAAAGGGAACAAAGUAGAUCAAGGAAUAGUUCCAGUCAUACACCUUGCUGCUGGAAUGUUGACAUUGGUGAAUUUUGCAUCGGAAGGUUGUGUAAUCGGCGUUCCUCUUCUUUACCUUGUGGCAUCUGUGACUCUUUUGCACUGUGGAAAAAUGGUUUGGCAAAGGUUGAAAGAAAGCCGGAAUCAAAGCGACCCUUCUCGGUAAAAAAAUCUGGCGUCAGACUCUGACUCUUUAGGUUUUGUCUGUAAAAACUUCUUACACUUGAACGGUCUUUAGCAUCCUCUGAUCUCUCCUGACUUGGUUUUUUUCUGCUUUGCUUGCAUAGCUCAUUUGGUUUUAUCCCCUAAUUGCGUCGAAACUUAAAUGUCAUGUUUUUCCCUUGA